AUUGAAGCCCACUUUCUCUCCUUUGCUCCCUCCCUAUAUUCCCCCUGACCCUCUCUUUCUCUCUCAAACUCCUUCUAUUUCUUUCUUUUUUCCUUUUUGUCAUUGGUGGUGUUGGGGGAAGAUGGAAGCUCCGGAGGAAGUUGCAAUGGGGUCUAAAGAUCAUAGCAACAUCGUCAAAGGGAAGCGGACCAAGCGUUUGAGGCCUCAAUCACCAAUCCCUUUUGCCAUAACUUCUAAUUCAAUACACAAUGAAGAUGGAGGUGAAUUUGAUGGGAAUAGUGCAAAUGUAGACAACAAGAAUGUUACUCUUUUGUCACCUUCUUCUUCUUCUUCUUCCUCUGAAUACCAGGACAGCACCGAGGAAGAAGAAGACAUGGCUAACUGCUUGAUCCUCCUCGCGCAAGGCCAAUCAAGACAAUCCACGAAGCAAGCUGAUGAUCAUGAUCAUCAUACGGGAACUGACAACAAAUUCCCUAGUAGAAAGUUCAUGGAAGCACCUUCAAACGGGACAGGCAAGGCCGGGUACUAUGUCUACGAGUGCAAAACUUGUAACAGAACCUUCCCUUCAUUCCAAGCCCUUGGUGGUCACAGGGCUAGUCAUAAGAAGCCUAAGACAGCAGCCAUGGUUGAUGAGAAAACAAGACAAUUCACAGCAGCAGCAUCAGAUGAAGAAGGACAAUUCAUCAGGACUAACAACCUUUCUUCUCUUUCUCUUCAAUUGACUAAUAAUAAUAACAACAAUAGAGGUUUGUAUAGCAAUAACAAUAAGGCUAAGGUUCAUGAGUGCUCCAUUUGUGGGGCGGAGUUUACCUCUGGGCAAGCCUUGGGAGGGCAUAUGAGAAGGCAUAGAGGGCCAAUAGGUGGUAGUAUUCCUACAGCUAGCACAGCCUUGUCAUUGACAGUACCAGUGGCAAUGGAAUCUGAGCAACCUAAGAAACCAAGGAAUGUUUUGUCUUUGGACUUGGAUCUCAAUCUUCCUGCCCCGGAAGACGAUCACCGGGAAUCUAAAUUCCCCUUUGCUUCCAAGCAACAGCAACAACAACAGCAACAACAACAAUCACCUCUUGUCUUCUCCGCCCCCACUUUGGUGGAUUGUCAUUACUAAACAAGGUUAAAGGAAAUUUUUUUCUUUCUUGUUUUUUUACUUCUACCCCCAUUUAUAUUACACAAUUGAUCCAAGCUGAAUUGGGUGUUUUUUAAAUUUUCUUUCUCGUAUUUAUUCAACAUUUAUAAGAUUCAUUUGAUUCUUUUCUUU